AUGAUCCCGAAAUUUUCUUUACUUCUUGUCCUGGCUGGCGGCUUGUCCGCAGUCGCACUUCCGAGCAGAAACAGCACGCAACAGAAUGCUUGCCUGGGCGUCUCUAAGCUCGCCGCACAAGCCAGAAAAGCAAACGUAACGGACUUUGUCACAGUUCCAGGGGAGCUGGCCUACAACUGCCUUCGAUCUAUGCCCUUCGACCCUAGAAAUGGUACUCUUUUUGUCAGCGAAAUCACGAAGUUUGUGCAGUGGCAAAGCACUCUCGAGGUACUCCAAAACCCGCCGCUUGGUUACUUGUCUCCUCCUACGGAUAUUCUAGGUGGCCUCAAAAUCAUUGAAGACUUAGCCCUGUUAGGAGCGUUCAGUAGCCAGUACGAGUUUGACCAAGCCAUCGACCAGCUAUUAGCAACUUCCAAUGACGGACACCUCUCUAUUGAUACCUGCUCUCCACAGAUCUUUAGCUUUGAGGUAGAUCUCCCUGUGGUAUCAAUUUCCACGGAUGGAGUCAAGAUUCCACAGAUCUACGCUUCAGAGGAUGCGCGGCUACUCAAUUCAGGCUCCUCAACUGUCUCCCCUAUUGUCGCUAUCAAUGGUGAGCCGGCAGCAGAGGCAAUAGAAAACCUAUCUAGCCUAAUGUCAUUGCAGGAUCCAGAUGCUCGUUAUAAUAUGAUGUUCAUGUCGCCCGUGCGGUUAGUGGCCGAUUCGUUCUCUCCUCAAGGAGGCUUCGCUGUGCAACAGCUUGGUUGGCCUGGGCGAGCAACGUAUGAGAUACAAUUUGCCAACGGGACGACCAUUCACAAGCCAAUUGUUGCCCAGACGGAUGUCGGCUUUGCGUAUACCAGUGGCCAAUCCUUGCUUAAAGGCGCUUGUCUUAAGGGCACAUCAUCUUCCGCGUCUCUGUCCUCGACAUCUAGUGGGGGGUCUUUAAACACCACCAACCCUUUGCCAUUCUUUUAUCCUAAGCCUCUCGCGCGGGAUAAUUAUAAUAUGCUUUCCGGUUACUAUCUCAACGAGACUGAUCUGCAGGAUGUGGCCGUUCUUGCCAUCCCUAGCUUCGAGCCCUCCGAAUACGCUAUGGAGCCCGCCGAGUUUGCUAGUAUCGCAACCAAAUUCGUCGUGCAAGCAGUCCGAGACGGCAAGAAAAAGUUGGUUAUCGAUCUAUCUGCCAAUCCGGGAGGUGAUCUCAGCAGUGGUAUGGACUUAUUUAAGCUGUUCUUCCCCGACCAAGAUAUCUACCAGGCUUCUCGCAUACGCGAUCACGAGGCUUUCAAUCUUGCUGGACAGGCACUUGCCCAUCUGAAAGUCGCCAAGAAAGCUGAUUAUCUUGCUUGCGACUCUGCUAGUGAUCUUUGCAUCGAAGCUAUUGUCAAACCCGACCAAACUCCGACUCAGGUUUUACAUUUUGAAUCAUGGCAGGAAAUCUACGGGCCCUACGAACAGCUCGGAGGGAAUAUGUCAGCCUUGAUGGGCGUUGAAUGGCUGGCCAAAUCUUCCAUGCCUACGUCUCCGAUUCGAGGCUACGGCGGGGUUCCUCAGAUUCCCAACGAGCGACUAUUUGAACCGGAGAACAUUCUCUUGUUGACAGACGGACUCUGCACAUCAACCUGCACGGUCUUCGCAGAGCUGAUGAAGAGCCAAGGCGCUGUCAAGAGCCUAGUCUUCGGCGGACGGCCACGAGUCGGACCAAUGCAAGCCAUCGGCGGUUCUAAGGGUAACACUGCUGCCUCGUUAUCGCAGAUUCUUGCAAUUGGAGAGACGGCGUACAAAGUCGCUCCCACUGCCGAGCUAAGGAAAAAUAUCUAUAAAGCUUUCCCGAACCCCCACAGAAUUCCCUUCCAGCUCGGUGGGGAAGGAGGACAGGUCAACUUCAGGAGUGCCUACCGCAAGGGCGAGGAUGAGGUGCCUCUGCAGUUCGUCUAUGAGGCCGCCGACUACCGUCGCUUCUAUACCUUUGAGAACAUUAUGAAGCCCGAGACCAUGUGGGCUGAUGCUGCUCGUACUUUCUGGGGCCAGGGGGGAUACGUUGCGGGUUCGAAGGGGAUGGACUUUGUCCCUGGAUCAUCCGCGAGUUAUUAA